UCUCCUCUUCACCGGCCGGGGCUUAUGACGUGUUUCCUGUUCAGUGUCGUCACUUCCGCAGUCUACCAAGAUGGCGGGGCGCGUGGUGCUGUUGGCAUGCAGAUCUGCCGUUUUCAGCCGGCUCCCAGCUCACAGUCUGCGCAUUGCGACAUGGCCCAGCCCUGCCACCCGCUUCUGCCCCCUGCUGUACAGAAACUAUGCCGCAGAAGCCAAGAAGACCUACAGCCGGGAGAAGCCCCACGUCAACAUCGGGACCAUCGGACACGUAGACCACGGAAAGACCACACUGACGGCGGCCAUUACGAAAAUCCUGGCAGAGGCCGGAGGGGCGCAGUUUAAGAAAUAUGAAGAAAUAGACAACGCUCCGGAAGAGAAGGCUCGUGGUAUCACCAUCAAUGCGUCACAUGUAGAGUACACCACCCCCAAUCGUCACUACGCCCACACGGACUGCCCGGGGCACGCUGACUACGUGAAGAACAUGAUCACCGGCACCUCUCAGAUGGACGGUUGUAUCCUGGUCGUAGCCGCCACGGACGGGCAGAUGCCACAGACACGGGAACACUUACUGCUGGCUAAACAGAUCGGGGUGAAGCAUAUCGUCGUCUACAUUAAUAAGGCCGACGCCAUCGAUGACAAGGAGAUGCUGGACCUGGUGGAGAUGGAGAUCCGGGAGCUGCUGACAGAAUUUGGGUAUGAUGGCGAUGGCACCCCUGUGGUGGUGGGAUCAGCGCUGUGUGCCCUUGAGAACCGCAAUAAGGAAAUCGGCUUUGACUCCAUCAUGAAGCUCCUGGACGCUGUCGAUAGUUACAUUCCCCUCCCAGAGCGGGACCUGGACAAACCUUUCCUGCUGCCGGUGGAGUCUGUGUACUCUAUUCCAGGCCGAGGCACUGUGGUGACCGGGACGCUGGAGCGCGGCACCAUCAAGAAGGGGGACGAGUGCGAGUUUGUUGGGCGCAGUAAGCAGCUGAAGUCGGUGGUGACAGGCAUUGAGAUGUUCCAUAAGAGCCUGGAUCGGGCAGAGGCUGGAGAUAACCUCGGCGCCCUGAUCAGAGGGUUAAAGAGAGAAGACGUCCGGCGGGGGAUGGUAAUGUGCAAACCAGGCUCCAUCAGACCCCAUCAGAAGGUCCAGGCUCAGGUGUACAUCCUCAGCAAGGAAGAAGGAGGGCGCCACAAGCCUUUCGUCACCAACUAUCUGCCCGUGAUGUUCUCCCUGACAUGGGACAUGUCCUGCCGGAUCACGCUGCCAGGCGGCAAGGAGAUGGUCAUGCCCGGGGAAGACUCCAGCCUCAUCAUGACCCUGCGGCAGCCCAUGGUACUGGAGAAGGGACAACGCUUCACCCUGCGGGAUGGGAACAGGACCAUCGGCACUGGGAUCGUGACGGACAUCUUGGAGAUGACAAAACAGGAUGAGGAAGGCUGGGUAUCCUGAAGACCUUCACUAUAGACUUGUGUUAUGUGGAGGAGGAUGGGAAAGAUUUCUUCUAAAAUGGAGAUUAACCAAACCGCAACAGAGCAGCACUUAAAGGGGUACUCCGGCCCCAAGACAUCUUAUCCCCUAUCCAAAGGAUGGGGGAAAAGAUGUCUGAUCGCAGGGGUCCCCCGCAAUCUAGCAUGCAGCACCCACCUCUAAGCACUGCAGGAAGCUCUGUGUUAUGCUCCCGA